AUGGAGUUCGUGGAUGCGAUUGGAGAGCUCAAGGCCCUUCCGGAUGGCACCCACCUCCUCUGCCCGCGCCAACACGACGAAGAUUACGGCCGAUACGAUGACUCAGAACAUGUCGAUGAGCAAGGGAAGAGUGUCAAAGAGCAGGUGGCUGUGGCAACUGCGCGAAAAGAGAAAUUCCUCUCUUGCAUGCGCAUACUUGCAUAUAAUGCGGAUGGCAUCGAAGAACUCCAAACCUGGGUUUUAACGAAACUCGACGAAAACCUGGAGAAAUGCGACCUCUGUAUCAAACAAUACUACACGGGGAAAAUCUGGCUCAUGGAUCAGCUUAAGAUGGACUACCAAGAUGAGGAUAUCGAGGCUUUCUUUCAGCGGGUCGAUGAGUGGGAUAUCAAGCGCAUUACGCGGAACUUGAAUACGGCCACGACACAAUUAAAAAGUGUGCCCCCACAGCAGAUCGCGCUGGAUGUUCUGGAAAGAGCAGCCUUGCUUUCUAUAUUUGAAACUCUGAGUUGUGAGGCUAUGCUGCGCAGUGAUAGUCUCUUGACGGAACAUUUUGAUGAGCCUUUCAAACUCAUCCAGACAAAACGAACUUUGAAGAUCUCUGAUUAUGUACCGGCGGUCACUCGUUUCCUUUUCGACUCAAACCAACUCCGCAGCUUCUGGGCUAUCUCCACCUGGACACGAUAUGGAAGACCUCCAACCGCGCUGGAGUUCGACUGGGCGAUUCGCGAUGGCCUUCUGAGUGCAUUGCAAGCUGGUUCUAUGCAGCCACCACAGCUUACCGUCAUUCAACGCCUUUGGCGUGGCAUGCAAUUGAUUGUGAAAAAACUUGACAAAGAGCAGAUUACUCACAAACUUCGCGCGCUUGAUAUUGACCCUCUCCGCCUCUCGGUCGAUCAUUUGAGCUUUCCAACACCGGGACUGCGAUUCCUCUUGAACACUAUUCAGACCUUCCUCGAGAAGGCCCCGGCCGAUUUCUGGGAUGCUAUGCAGACAAUAUCCCCGCAAGCUCUCAUGGAACACACUUUCUUCAACACACAAUUCAACACUUUCCUCAUGCAAACUACCGAAGGCGAGCCUUAUGAAAAGUCGGCAAUGAAGGACAUGCUUUCAUGGAUUGACCCAUUCUUGGCUUCUUUGAAGCCCGCACACUCACCAGCUGCUUCCCGGUUCCUCGCAUUGCAAUUAUUAAGACGCCUGCAGGAUCCACAAUACCCCCAAUUAUCUCGAUACCACUGUUUCCAUGUUGGACUUACAAGUCUCCUCCAUACCCUCCGUCGAUUUACAGACAAUGAAUCUUCGCGGAGCUCGGUCGAUCAUAUUGUGCUGGAGACUACCAUGGGUGUGCUGAGUGAUAUCAUUGAAGUCAUCCUGAACACGCCGACAUUUGCCGUUGAGCAGAGCCGCCAACAGGAGAUUGUCGAUUUUUGCAUGGACGUGGUUCGCAACACUCUUGCUCUGGAGUGUCAGUCCUUGAAGAGUGACUACGAAGUAAUUCUCAAGCAUGGAACUCUCUCACACAGAGUCUCUACGUAUUCUCCGCCGAUAUGGGGUGCGGUUGUCAAACAUCUUCACCAGGACAAUCCCGCUCUUUCGAAGGCAGCCUUGCUCGGAAUCCUGCCCCUCGUCGGCCUGGAAAAAUUCCCGACCAAAGGCGAGGAGAAGCAAAAGGGUACCUUCAAUGAGACAUACGAUAACCUUACUCGCCUCUCUUGCCAGGUCAUCGAGCGCCUGGCGGAAUUCAGGCCAGACCAUCUCGAAUCGCUUUUCAAAAGCCAGGAUACCAGCAGCGCUCUUAUCUCAACGCUCUUCGCCGCAGAUGUGCAUACCUACCAAGCAUCUGUCGAUUUGAUCAAGAACUUCAGCGGCCACUCGGCUCGCCGAGACGCCAUUUCCUAUCUGCUACAGAAGACGUUCGUGACAACUAUGUACGGACUGAGUUGGUCCUUCCGCCGAAUCUCUAACAUGAAAACCUUCGCACCCGCCCCGCGAAUGCUCCACACUGGUACGGAUAUCGUAGAGAUUCUGUGUAAUAGUCAGACUGGUAUGCUGCGUACACGCAAUCUUGUGGACCGUCGCGAGGUGUUGUCUUUGCAGAAGCUUUGGGAGUUUCUGUGGCAGGCGUUGACAACCAUCUUUAAUGAGACAGAGGCUUGGCAUCUUCGGGGAAAUGACAAAUCCGUAAUGCUUGAGUUCUGUCGAGACACAAUCCAGUUCGCCGACUUUCUGUUUGACCAGUAUGGUGUCUUCCUUGGUGCAGUGGGAGAUGCGGAUCCUGGUCAAAAGUCGGUGUCGGAGAACUUCCUGAAGCCUCCCACCGUCACCAUGAGUGCAAUGGUGAAAUGGUUGAGGCUGAAGGACGAGUAUCUUGCUACUACCUUGGUUGGUCUUGUCUCUAAGCUCUUGCGCAGACUAGGUAGCUUGGAUGUUACUACCGUUCGUCCGGACGCGUUGGAGUUCAUUGAGGGCGUGUCCGUCAAUGGGACUAUUCGUACUAUCCUGACUACACGCGAUAAGGCCGAGCUUGUUCGCUCGUUGGAGGCAUACUACAAGAAGCCUGUUGUCACAGCGUCUACCGCUGCCAUGAAAAAGCAGAGCUCUAUCACGGCAUUUGCCAAAUCGUCGGACCUCUCAACCCCGUCAUCUCGCCAGGCUAGUACUGUCCCGAGUGAUGAUGACUUUGACGAUAUUCCCGAUAGCACGCUCCUUGACCUUUCUCGAUCCGUGGAGCUCAACAAGAAUCGUCUUGCGAUCGAGGCUAAACGUAAAGCAGCUUUGCAAGCUGGAAAGUCCUCGUUGGUGACUCCUAGAGUGCGUCCCCCUAUUUCUCAACAGGUCUCUUCCCAGCGUCCGAAAGACGAUGCUAGCAGUGUGUUGUCGUUCCGUGAGAAGCGUGAACGCGAGAAAGAAGCCAAGAAGAAACGUGAUCUGGAAAUUGCCGCACGGAUGAAGAAGAAUCUUCCGGCGCGCGGUGUUGGCGAGCUGACAGCCGAGCAGGGCUCUGGCCUGAAGGGUAUCGGCGUCAAGGGCAAAGACCAUGCCCUCCCUGCCGACAGUAUGAUGGUCUCUUCUGGCGAAGAUUCGGAUUCCGAGAGCGAGGAUGAAUUGGACAAGGAGUUGUUUGGCGCAAAGGCGAAGAAGCCUGAUGCAGUGGCCGCCUAUGAGCUAAGCAAGAAGCAGUCACUGCAGCAGCAGCCCGUCAAGAAGACCAAGCGUCAUCGUUCGAUUAAAGAUAUGCGUGCUCGUCUAGCACCCGAUCUUUCCAGUCUCCACCACUCAAUCCUUUCGUGGGAUUUCUUCUCAACUGGCGAUCUCCCCUCCUCAUCUGGUCGCUCCGAUUAUACUCUGGUCUCCAACACCUUCCGCACCUCUACCGAGUACCAGAGUACAUUUGAGCCAUUGUUGAUUCUUGAAGCCUGGCAGGGUUUCCAACAGGCCAAAGAGGAAGGUUCUUUCCGUCCCUUUGAAGUGAAGAUCAUGUCUCGCUUGACUGUUGAUACAUGGAUUGAGUUCAGUACGCAACCGGUUGGAAUGCCUCUGAAAGACUUCAGCAUGGGUGAAGGCGACCUCGUAUUAUUCUCUAGCUCGUCUAACCCGACCGGAGAUCCCGAUGCCGGACAUGUACUUGCCCGUGUGGCUGGUAUCAAUCGUAAAGGCGGCAAGCAAGAAGUCACGUAUCGGAUGAAUAUUGGAAAUAGCAAGUUCCAUUCUUCCUUCGGUACGGGUUCAACAUCUUGGGCUACCAAGAUCACCUCUUUGAUCCCCGUAGAGCGAGAGUAUGGUGCCCUUAUGGCUCUGCAGUUCUACGAUCUGUGUGACGAGGUUGUUCAAGCCAAGCCUUCACCAAUUCUUUCAUACGGAGAGGCUAAGCUGGAUCCAUUGAUGAAGAACUACUCUGUCAACCGUGCCCAGGCUAGGGCUAUCAGGCACGCCAUGGACAACGAUGGCUUUUCUCUGAUCCAGGGUCCCCCCCGUCUUUUGACAAAUGUGCUCGGCAAGACAUCUGUCUCGAUUGGACCUGGAUAUCAUGCCAAUCAGCCCAAAGCACCAGGGAAGAAGAUCCUGAUCUGUGCACCAAGUAACGCUGCCGUCGACGAGUUGGUGAUGCGUUUGAAGGAAGGUGUCAAGACGACUAAUGGCAAUCAUGAAAAGCUCUCAGUUGUCCGUCUGGGACGAAGCGAUGCCAUCAAUUCCAAUGUUCUCGAUGUCACUCUUGAUGAGAUGGUGAAUGCACGCCUCAACAAGAACACCAGCUUUAGCAACGGUGUUGACAUGCAGAAGCUUUAUGAAGAGCACAAGGCCACUGAUACUCGAUUCAAAGAGAUCCGUACUUCCUUGGACGAAUGCAGGGCCAAGGGUCUGCCUGCUCCGGAGGAACUCGAGCGCGAUUUCGAGUUGACGAAAAAGAAGAGGUCUCAGCUGAGUACGGAUAUCGACAAGGCUCGAGACCAACUUCACACCCAGACCCGAACCGCAGAGCUCAACAAGCGACGUGCCCAGCAAGAGGUCAUUGACGGCGCGCAUGCUAUCUGCACCACUCUCAGCGGUUCCGGCCACGAAAUCUUCCAGGGCAUGAACGUCGAAUUCGAAACUGUCAUUAUCGACGAGGCGGCUCAGUGUAUUGAGCUGAGCGCGCUCAUUCCGCUGAAGUAUGGCUGUUCCAAGUGCAUUUUGGUCGGUGAUCCCAAGCAAUUGCCUCCUACUGUUCUCUCGAAGAUGGCUUCCUCGUUCCAGUACGAACAAAGUCUCUUCGUUCGUAUGCAGAAGAAUCAUCCAAAGGACGUACAUUUGCUGGAUGUUCAGUAUCGUAUGCAUCCAGACAUCAGCCGUUUCCCCAGUCUCACGUUCUACGAUGGCAAGCUUGAGGAUGGUCCCGACAUGGCGAAGCUUCGAAGCCGCCCAUGGCAUCAGAGCGAUUUGCUGAGCCCCUAUCGCUUCUUCGACGUCCAAGGCAUGCACCACAGUGCCACUAAAGGCCACUCGUUGAUCAACCAUGCAGAAGUGCGAGUAGCAAUGCAGCUCUAUGAACGACUCGUCACAGAUGUGAAGAGCUACGACUUUGCAGGCAAGAUCGGUAUCAUCACCCCGUACAAGGGCCAACUCAGAGAAAUGAAGACCCAGUUUGCUUCCAGAUACGGCGAGGAAAUUCUCACCAAAGUGGACUUCAAUACUACGGAUGCCUUCCAAGGUCGGGAAGCUGAAGUCAUCAUCUUCUCUUGUGUCCGCGCUUCCAACAAAGGUAUCGGUUUCUUGGCCGAUAUCCGUCGUAUGAACGUCGGGUUGACUCGUGCAAAAUCUUCGCUCUGGGUGCUUGGUAACUCGCAAGCCCUUCAGCAAGGCCAGUUCUGGAAUAGCCUUAUUCAAGACGCGCGUGGGCGUCAGGUGUAUACAGAAGGAAACAUUACUCAAAUGCUCGAGCGACCACAAUUUACAGGCUACAAAGAAGUUGAGAUGACUGAUGUCGGUCCACUCCUACCUGGGCCGUCGGUCGAAACCUCGGAUUCGGCGAAAGCAGAGUCCCCAGCGCCGCCUAUUUCUCGACAAUCCCCGGCGUCUGUUGGACCGGCUUCUCGCUCGGUGUCGAUGUCGAUACCCAGUCGGGAAACUCCGAACGCACCACCUGAAGGCCCCUCAGGCGGGAGAAUGGGGCUAGACACUACCAGGAACUGUGGGAUUUGCGGUAGCAAUGAACAUUUUGCCUACAACUGCGAUAACGUCGAAGCUCAAGAGGCAUCGCGUGGCAAGUGUUUCCGAUGUGGGGAAUCUGGCCACUCCAAAGCUCGAUGCACUGCUGAGCUCUGUCUUCAGUGUGGUCAGCUUGGUCAUUUGACUUCUCAGUGCAAAGCACCGCCCAAGACACUUACCAAGUUCGAAAGGUCGAAGCUACAGAAUCAGCAACGCAAAUUCGAGGACCUUCGGAAACAGAACGCCGACCGUCAGCAACAACGUCAGGUUGCAAGAGUUAAUCCCCAGGUGCCUACCGUGAAAGCAACGACUGAAAAUCCAGUUAAAAAGGAGGAGAACAAGCCUCAGAACCAGCACCAGAUUGAGUAUCGGAACGACCACCGGAACGAGAAGCAGAAUCAAAACCAAAACGAUUCUGCUCGCCACCAAAAGCGCAAACGCAAUGACUCGGCACCCGAUGCUCCACAGGCAAUGCGACAACGCACCGAUGGUCUUCCCGAUGCGCCUAAGGGUCCCAAAGGCCCCAAAGGUCCGAAGGGUUCUAAUGUUCCGACUGGAUCUCGGAAUCCAGACCCACCAAGCGAUCUCAUCAAACCUUCCCGCGAUGGACCAGCAUAUGCGACAGGCAAGCCACCUGCACCGGCAAUCCGGGCCCCAAGUGGACCGUCGGCUGGCAGAGCCGGAGAGGCCCCGCCGAAACCAAGGCCACAGAUGAUGCGAAAGAAGAAAGACGCAGACCCAUUCAUUCGGCCCAAACAGCGACGCAAAUAG